AUGUCCAAGGCGGUCGCUUUGGUAUUCACUGCUAUCUACGCGGUUCAAGCAACCAUCAUCAUCAUUGGGAACACCUUCACCAUUUUUGUCUUUUGGACUCAACGAUUCCGUCUUAAACGAUUUUGUUACCUAUUGAUCAACCUUGCAGUUUGUGACUUACUCGUGGGAAUAACAGAACCGAUUAUUCUCGGUGUCUCAAAGUUUCAAGGAAUGACUGCAGCUGGACGCAGAAAAGGAGGAAAUAUUAAGAAUCUGUGGAGCCUUUUGUUUACGUCCACGCAAGUGCUCGCCUUCACCACGUCCGUGUUUUUUCUUGCCAUCAUCUCACUGGAACGUGUUUAUGCGGUCUUGUGGCCUCUUCGUCAUCGCGUAGAAAAGACAUCUCUCUACAUUUCCAGCAUUAUUUUGGUUUGGGCCGGUGGACUUUGUUUGAGUAGAAUGUCUUUGAUGGAGAUGUACCACCCAGACGUAGAGAGGAGGAGUGUCGUUGUCGCCACUCACAUAUCUCUUUUUAUUGCUCUGAUGAUUACCUGUGCCAGCUACUUUACGAUCUGCUCACGAUUGCGGAGUAAAAAAACAGCAUCUGGAUUGAUGGUCCAGCGCAACCAACAGUCUUCUUUGCGACACUCAAGGACAUUUUUCGUGGUAGUUGCUGUGUCACUGGUUUUUUGGCUGCCAGCAUUUGCUGUGUACAUCGCGAAAGAGUUCUGCUUGUGCUUUCCGGCACCUGUGGUUUGGUUUGCAAGUGCUCUCCGUUUGGCAAACUCUAUGGUUAAUCCCUUCGUGUACAGCCUGAGGAUGCCUAUUUUUAAGGAUGCUCUAACUAAGCUGUGGAGAAGGCAUCAGGGAAAAAUUGAACUCAGAUCUAUCCGCAUAAACAUCACUGCAAAAUCCAGGGUAUAA